AGAGGCGGUGAGAGAGGGAGCUUUGCUUUUACUUUUGUUUGCUUCGUAGAGGAGAUGUUGCUGGUUGCUCCAAGAGAUUCAGGACAGUGGUGAAAUCAGAGCAGAUGGUGGAGUAUUCUCUUGUCGAAAGAAACUUAAUUGUGCUAAUCAUAUCUGUAUCGAGACUUGUGGGAAAACUAGAUUGGAGGAGAAACGCCACAGUUGUUUAGACCCAAUUCCUACCUGUUCACAAGUAUGUGGCAAGUUCCUUCCUUUGUGAAGAGCCAUGCCAUGCCGGGGAUUGUUCUCCUUGUCUGGUUCUAGUUUCCCAGAAGUGUCGAUGUGGCUCUACUUCCCGCACUGUGGAGUGUUGCAAGACAAAAAUGGAAAAUCAGAAAUUUACUUUCUAAUCCAAAUAAUAUUCUUAAUGCGGAUUGGGAUCCACACUUGUGUCAAUUACCAUGUGAAUCCCUGUGCCACAGUGGUCAUUGUCCACCUUGUCUUCAAACUAUAUUUACUGAUUUGACAUGCUCUUGUGGCACACCGCCUCCCUCAUGUCAGCUUCCAUGUUCAGUUCCUCAGCCUUGUUCGCAUCCGGCCUCUCACAGCUGCCUUUUUCGAGAUUGCCCUCCUUGUUCAGUGCCUGUAGCAAAAGAAUGUAUUGGUGGGCAUGUAGUUCUUAGGAACAUACCUUGUGGUUCGAAGGAUAUUAGAUGCAAUAAACUCUGUGUGAAGACCAGACAGUGCGGUUUACAUGCAUGUGGCAGAACAUGUCACCUCCCACCUUGUGAUAAUCUAUCUGUUGUGACAUGUGGUGCUCCUAGGAGAGACUGCCGGCAUACAUGUAUAGCUCCUUGUCACCCUUCAACUCCAAGUCCAGAUACAAGAUGCGAAUUCCCCGUCACAAUUACUUGUUCUUGUGGCCGAAUAACAGAAAAUGUUCCUUGUGAUGCUGGUGCUAAUUAUAAUGCUGAUGUGGUACAUGAAGCUUCCAUUAUUCAAAAGUUGCCUGUGCUUCUUCAACCUGUGGCUGCAAAUGGCAAAAAAGCUCCCCUUAGACAAAGAAAACUGAUGUGUAAUGAUGACUGUGCUAAGUUAGAGCGUAAAAGGGUUCUUGCAGAUGCUUAUGAGAUUACCGCUCCAAAUCUGGAUUCUCUCCAUUUUGGUGAGAAUUCGAUUGCUUCUGAAUUGCUUGCUGACAUGUUGAGAAGUGAUUCUAAAUGGGUUUUAUCUGUUGAGGAGAGAUGCAAGUUUUUAGUACUUGGCAAGAGCAGAGGAAAUGAUGCACAUGGUCCAAAAGUCCAAGUUUUCUGUCCUAUGUUAAAGGACAAAGGAGAUGCAGUAAGGGUGAUUGCUGAGAGAUGGAAGCUUGUAGUGAAUGCAGCUGGUCGGGAGCCAAAGCAUUUCAUAGUUGUUCAUGUUACCCCAAAAUCAAGAGCUCCUGCUCGUGUGCUAGGGGUUAAGGGUACUACCACUGUAAAUGUGCCCCUUCCUCUUGCAUUUGAUCCUUUGGUUGAUAUGGAUCCUCGAGUUGUUGUCUCUUUUCUAGACUUACCAAGGGAUGCAGAUAUUAGUGCAUUGGUGUUGAGAUUUGGUGGUAAGUGUGAACUUGUUUGGUUAAAUGACAAAAAUGCGUUGGCCGUUUUUAAUGACCCUGCCCGUGCUGCAACUGCAAUGAGGAGGUUUGAUCACGGCACUGUUUAUAAGGGAGCUGUGAUGGUGGUUGUUCCACCAAAUGUCGGGGCAUCAGUAGCAUCUUCAGCUACCAAUGCCUGAGGAGGAUCUGGGACAAUGAAAGGAGGAGCACUGGCAGCAUUAAAGGGAAAUCCAUGGAAAAAAGAUGUUAUUCAAGAGCUGGGUUGGAGAGAAGAUGCUUGGGGUGAUGAGGAGUGGGCUACUGGCUCUGCUAAUGUUCAAUUGCCUAUUAAGAAGAAAGAAGCCCUAAUAUCUGCUUCAGCAAAUCCUUGGAGUGUCUUAAAUCAAGAAUCCUCUUCAAGUUCAUCUGUUGCAGCCAUUAAAAUUGAUGGUUCUAGGAAACACUAUGAAAGUAGUGUUGUCACAAAGUUGGAGCCUCGUGAUGGUGGAUCAAAUCUAGGAGGGCAGCCUGCAGGAAACUUUGAUGCUUUAGAAGGUGCUGAUGUAGUAGAUGAUUGGGAGAAGGCUUGUGAAUAGCAAGGAAUAAGCCCUUUUCAUUUUAUUUUGUUGAGAAGAAGGCAGGUUUUGUAUGGCCUUGUGGCCUCUUUUUUUGCCAUGAGGUGGACAUCCCCCCUCCCUUUUUGGCUAAUAUUUUAAUUUUUGUAGUGGAAAAAAUGGAAUGAUGGUGUAUGGGGUGAUUGAAGGAAAGAUCAACUUGGCUUUGAUGUUCUGAAUUGCGGUUGGAAGGGCUGUAGUACCUUUGCUGAUCCGAAAUGCCUAAUUCAAUAGUUGCACAUUCUCAUCUUAUGUUUUUUCAAUAGUAAAUAUCCUAGUGUCCUUUCAAUACUGACGUGUAGUUGAGAGAAAGCAAACCGCAACUACUCCCUUCCUCUGUUAUUUUCUUCCCACCAGCACAAUUAUCAGUUUUCAAAUUUCAAAUAUUUUAUUUCCCUUCUUCUCCUUUGUUUCUCUAUCUCAAACCCUGCCAAAGGGUCUCCAACUCAAAUUUUCUGGAAUUUUCUCAUCCCGCCUCCAUUACAGACAUGUCGUGUCCUUCAAGCAUCAUAUAACCCACCCCCGUGCUGGAGCUUGCCCCGUCAACUAUACCGAGGCAUAUAGGAAUAAUGAUGCAGAUGAUUUAUGUGCUGAUGCCUCUGCUGACUUGCCAAAUGAUGCGUGGGCGUGAUUCUUUUCUUUUUAUUUUUGACCUUUUCCAUGCAAUCAUUGUAAAGGGAAACAAGCUUCAGUUCAUGGAUCCUGUUUGUCACACCACUAAAGUGAGACUGUAGAAGAUUCGGAGAUGACAUGGAAAGCUGGUAGAGUCCACAGCACAAACGGGGAAGGGAGUGAGGGGGCGAUCCAAAAGUAAAUAAAUAAGCUAUUAGCUAAGACUUGAGUGCCUAUUUAUUGUUGUGCUGAAAAGCUUAAUAAUUUAGGUAGAGGUGUGUUGGUUGAAGUGGGGAAAGAAUGCAUGCAUCAUGCCGCAAGUUUGUGAUUCAUCCUCAUAACCGGUGGUACCUGGCGUGGAAGCACUUCAUUCUUAUAUGGGCAGUGUACUCAUCCUUCUUGACUCCCAUGGAGUUUGGGUUCUUCCGAGGCUUGCCCCAGAAGAUUUUCCUGCUGGACAUGGCGGGGCAAUUGUUUUUCCUCCUUGACAUCCUCCUCCGGUUCUUGGUUGGCUAUCACGAGGUCCAGUCCAACUCCCUCUCCUUGGUCCUGGACCCCCACAAGAUCGCCCUUAGAUACCUCAAGUCUUGCUUCCUCCCCGAUUUUCUCUCCUGUCUCCCCUGGGACUACUUUUACAAACUCUCCUCCAACAACGAGCUCGUCCGCUAUCUUCUCUUGAUAAGGCUCUGCCGUGCUUUCAGAGUCACCCAAUUCUUCGACACCCUCGAGAAGAACACCCGUGUCAGUUACUUGUUCUCCCGUAUCCUCAAACUCUUUGUCGUUGAACUUUAUUGCACCCACACUGCCGCUUGCUUAUUUUACUAUCUGGCAACUACCGUGCCCCCUUCCCAACACUCUUAUACCUGGAUCGGUAGCUUGAAGAUGGGUGACUAUACUUAUUCUGACUUCACUCAUAUUGAUCUUUGGAAGCGUUACGUCACCUCCCUCUACUUCGCUAUUGUUACCAUGGCUACUCUUGGCUACGGAGACAUCCAUGCCGUCAAUGUCAGGGAAAUGAUAUUUGUCAUGAUUUAUGUCUCCUUUGACAUGAUUCUCGGCGCUUACCUUCUCGGCAACAUCACUGCCUUGAUUGUCAAGGGAUCUAAGACCGAGAGAUUCAGAGAUCAAAUGUCUCAUAUUGUUAACUACAUCAAUAAGAACAAUUUGGACAAGCAGAUAUGUCACCACAUUAAAGAUCAUUUGCGCUUAAAGUAUCAUCCAAGUUACACCGGAUCUUCUGUUCUCCAGGACAUACCAACCACUAUCCGCACAAAGAUUUCGAUUAGUUUGUAUGAGCAGUUCAUUCAAAAAGUUUCUCUUUUCAAGGGAUGCUCUUCAGGGUUUAUAAAGCAGAUUGCAACCAAAGUCCAGGAAGAGUUUUUCCUCCCAGGAGAAUUGGUUAUGGAGCAAGGAGAUGUUGUAGAUCAACUCUAUUUUGUAUAUCACGGUGAGCUGCAUGAGAUAAGGAAGGAAGAUGAUGAUACAGAAGAAAAUACAAUUACAUUGCAUACCUAUAGUUCUUUCGGCCAGGUUUCUUUUUUUUGCAAUAAGCCUCAAACUUCCAUGGUUGAAGCUCAUGAAUUUUGCAAGGUUUUACGACUUGAUAAGAAAUCCUUUACUGAAAUACUGAAGAUAUACUUUUUAGAUGGUCGUAUUGUCUUGAACAAUCUCCUUGAGGUAAAAGACUUGAGUCUACAACGUAAGCUUUUGGAGUCAGAUUUCAACCUGACUAUUGGUAACAUGGAAACAGAGCUGGCAAUAAGGAUGAAUUUUGCUGCCCAUGAUGGUCAUCUUGAUCUUGUGAAACGUUUGAUUGGAUUUGGGGCAGAUCCCAAUAAGACUGAUUACGAUGGCAGAACACCCUUGCAUAUCUCAGCAUCAAAAGGAUAUGUAGAUAUUUCUUCCUAUCUUGUUGAGCAAGGUGUAAAUAUCAACUGUGCAGAUAAAUUUGGCACCACUCCCUUGCUUGAAGCCAUCAAGAAUGGACACGAAGAAGUAGCAUCUAUACUUGUUAACGCAGGAGCUAUCUUUACCAUUGAUGAUGUUGGCAAUUUUCUCUGCAUGACUGUUGCCAAGAAGGAGUUGGACCUUUUAAAAAGGGUUCUGGGUUGUGGAGUUAAUCCAAAUGCCAAAAAUUAUGAUCAACGUACACCUCUUCACAUAGCUGCCUCUGAAGGUUUGUUUACAAUGGCGGAAGUACUUCUAGAAGCAGGAGCGAGUGUUUUAUCUAAGGACAGAUGGGGAAAUACACCUCUUCAUGAAGCUCAUACCGGUGGGGAUAGAAAUAUGAUCAAAAUGCUUGAAGUGGCAAAAGCUUCUCAGUUGGUUGAGUUGUCCAAUAAUAUUCAUGAAACUCAAGGUAUCUAUCUUAUGUUUGCAACACCAACAGAUGAAAUUCCGAAAAAGAGAUGUAUAGUAUUUCCUUUCCACCCAUGGGAUGAUCAGAAAGCGGAUAGAAAAGAGGGAGUGGUCCUAACGGUUCCACAAAGCAUUGAAGAGCUUAUAAAGGAGGCGACAAAACAUUUGGAAAUUCCAAACGCUUCCUGUAUUUUGUCAGAACAAUGUGGCAAAAUUGUUUAUGUAGGCACGAUUAACAAUGAUGAGAAGCUAUUUCUAGUGAGUGAAGCACAGAAUGAAUGAGGUGAAAUGUUCAGCAGUACCAACACCACUAGCUGGUUAAUAUACUUUUUCUUUACUCCACAAAUUUUUCCAUUCCAGAUAAGAACAAUUUUUAUAUGUUUGCAGUUAUUGUCAAUUAGUACUAAUAAACAUCCUCUCAUCACUCUUUCAACCAUGGUACAUGUCAACGGAUCCAAGUUGGUGACGGGGUAUGUGAAGUUGACUUUGCAAAAACACCUUUCUUUCUAUGCUAUCUCGAUCGUAGUCAUAAUCCCAGUGCACAAGGUCAUUCAUUGACUACACCUGCCGGUUCUUUCUCAGUCUUCUCCACCCAUUGUUAGAAUAAAGGGUUGCUUUGUGGGAUGAAUGAGGAGGAUAUUGGUGGAUUGAUCUUUGUCUUCGAGGUGGAGCUUAAUUGUAUAAAUAUCAUUUUUCCUCUUUAAUUAAGCUAGCUAGUUUUCUCACGUGCUUCAAUCGCAUGUUCCAAAGUCGUAAGAACCAAGUAUUACAUUGUUAAUAAUAAUAAUAAAAAGUCACAAGAACUUUUAUCGUAAA